GGCAAAGGGUGGGGGCCAUAGUGCGCAGCCAUAUUGGCUACUUGUGACUUUUGGGAGGAAGCAAGCAAAAAAUAACCCAACUUUUCUCGUUUUUACGUGAAAAAAAUGUUACCUUCGAGAAUUUUUCAUUGAUUUUGCAUGUUGAUCUUAUCAGCGCGAACACGAUUAUUGUGGGACGUGUGAUCAUUUGUACAAGGUCAUCCUUUUUUACGGAAAAUGAGUUUCUUUGGGUUUGGCCAGUCGGCUGACAUAGAGAUUACUUUGGAUGGAACAGAGACCAGGAAGACUGCAGACAUCAAGUCUGAAGAUGGCAAAAAAGAGCGCCACUUGUUAUACUAUGAUGGGGAAACUGUAUCUGGAAAGAUUAAUAUUAGCCUUAGAAAGGCUGGAAAAUUGGAGCAUCAAGGUGUAAAAGUAGAAUUUAUUGGACAAAUCGAACUAUAUUAUGAUAGGGGAAAUCACUAUGAAUUUUCAAACUUGGUUAAGGAAUUAGCUGGGCCAGGCGAAUUGACACAUAAUACUGUGUACACUUUUGAGUUUGCCAAUGUAGAAAAAUCAUUUGAAAGCUACACAGGUUCUAAUGUACGGCUGAGAUAUUUUCUCAAAGUGACAAUUGUUAGGAGACUUAGUGAUAUUGUUAAAGAACUUGAACUAGUUGUGCAUACACUUAGUUCCUAUCCAGAUAUGAAUAACCCUAUUAAAAUGGAAGUUGGAAUUGAAGACUGUUUGCAUAUCGAAUUUGAGUAUAAUAAAAGCAAGUAUCAUUUAAAGGAUGUCAUUGUUGGAAAAAUCUAUUUUCUUUUGGUUAGAAUAAAAAUCAAACAUAUGGAAAUCGCCAUAAUAAAACGGGAGACCACUGGUUCUGGUCCACAUACAUUCACGGAGAAUGAAACUAUAGCAAAGUAUGAAAUAAUGGAUGGAGCACCUGUCCGCGGUGAGUCCAUUCCAAUAAGAGUGUUUCUAGCUGGAUACGACUUGGCACCCACAAUGCGUGACAUUAAUAAAAAAUUUAGUGUUAGAUACUACCUUAAUUUAGUCCUUAUGGAUGAAGAAGAUCGCAGAUACUUUAAGCAACAAGAAAUAACACUGUGGAGAAAAGUCGAGAAAAGUAGGAAAUCUCAGACAGCUUCACCACAUAUGCCAUCGCACUUAGUCUCCGCAGAAACAGGAUUCCCGCAAGGAGCCGCCCAAAAUGGUCCACCAUCUGUGCCAUCCUCAGUACCACCAGGGCAACUGCCAUCUAGUAAUACUACUAGUGUAGAAGAUACACCAGCUCCGAUAGAAGGCAUGACACGCGAAGAAGGAGAUGGUGAAGGUGAAAAAGAAGUUAAUCCCGAAAGUAACUGAAUGUUUACAUAUUGGGGCAAUUACUGAGGACAGUGGAAAUCUUACUAAUUCAGGGAAUCAGUAACAACACAUGAAAGAAUGAUCAUCAGCUGGAAACUAGUAGCAUUGAACAGAAUUUCUCUUAUACAGUACAGAGAAAUUGAAUUUUAAGGACACCUGUGAGCAAAGUUGUAAAUAUUUUGGAUACCUAUAGAUAAUACAGGUGAAUAAAUUGAAUAAGUAGCCAAUUAUCGAUCAAAAUUUCAAAUUAAUGA